GACGCACGCGAAGAUGUAAUCCGCUGUAUCUGCACCAGCCCUACUCUCGACGACGGACUAUUCAUGAUUGCCUGCGAUGCGUGUGGUAUUUGGUUUCACGGGCGAUGCGUUGGGAUCGAAGCAACGACCGGAGUCGAGGAGUGGCACUGCGUGCGGUGC